AUGGCAGCACAAUAUCAGCACCAGCCAGACUUUGAUUUCUAUCGCCAUCCUCAAUGGGCAGUAGACAACAAGCCAAUCUGUUCAGAGGAUGAUGAGAUGAGCUUGUUGGACGAGAAAAUCCUAGAGCCGAACACACCGGCUCACGCUUCAACCGAUAGCGAUUUUCGGAACCCAGCCUUGGAUCAAUCCAACAACGCAUUCUCGCCUCGAGCGAAUAUGUGGCACGAUUCUUCCCAGCCUGUUGGCUACAUGCAUUCGCGACAACAGCCACAUGCACCUAUGCCUAUGAUCGACACAGGGCAUGGUCAUUACCCAAGAGCAGACGCGACUCAUGAAGCAGUUUAUAGUCAUCAGCCGUCGUGGCCUGGCUCAACCAUGUCAGGCACAAGUACACCUACUCCAAUCUAUGAUCAUCCGCCACAAGAAUUCCAUCAGAUGGCGUAUCAUGGGGGGCCCAUGAGUUUCGGUCAAGCAUCAUACCCAAGCGACCCGUUGUCUGCGACGCCAAUGUCUCCACAGUCCAGUCAAGGGGGAUGGAUGUCAGCAACCUCAUCAGAUGGCACAGAGCCUCGAUCGAGACCAAUUGGAAGUCCAGAGUAUGACGCAGCAUCUCCAGCUGGUCACAUCAGACGGGAUGGGAUUAGGAAGAAGAACGCACGAUUUGAAAUACCCGCGGAAAGAAAUCUAGCCAACAUUGAUUCAUUGAUUUCCCAGACAGCUGAUGAACAGGAGAAGAAGGAAUUGAAGCAGCAGAAAAGACUUCUGAGAAACAGGCAGGCCGCGCUCGACUCACGUCAACGCAAGAAGCUCCACACUGAGAAAUUGGAGCAAGAAAAGAAAGAAUUCAACCAGCACCUGAGUGAUCUGCAAGACGAGGUUCGGCAACUGCAAGAAGCUCUCCAACAUGAGACAGAACUUCGACUCCAUCGACAACGAGAAUACGAGCAUUACAUUCAAACAGUCUCAUUCGAAAGGGAUGAAGCUAUCCGGAGCAAGACGCUGGAGACUGCAGAACUCCGGAAAAUGAACAACAUCCUUAAAGACCACAUCAGAGAAGCCGCUUCUGGGCAUAGCCUUCAGAACGGCCUCUCCACUGAUUUCUCCUCCUUCGAUGAGCUGGAUAUUGAGGAAAAUGGCUGGGACGAGGAUUUCUCACUCAUCAACAACAACGACUUCAACGACACGAUAGAGCAAACCAACAUCACUCCUACCCCACUCCAAUCCUCAGGCACUGCCUCGGUUGAGCCCAAACCCGACACACCGUUCAGUUGGAACGCAUUUUAUAUGUGUCUGCUAUUUGGUGCCUUUAUCGCUUCCAAUUCAAGCAGUAAUUCCAAGCCAGCCGUACCAGCAUUAUCCGAAGAAUAUCGAGCAGAGUCUGCCAAUGUGUUGAAAGCGGUGCUGGCCUCGGGGCCAGAUGUACCACGUGCUCUGCUUCCUUCCGCCCCACCGCAAAACAUGCAUCCGCGUGUUCUCUCCGGUGCACCAGCCACUAUCUCUGGUCCGGAAAUGGCAAGGAUGACGAACAGUGCCCCAAACAAUCUCGAAGCCCUCCACAGCUCUCUCACCGCGCCGUCCCGACGCCAGCGAGAGACAGCAGCAUUUUCCCUCUCAGCAGCAAGCUACGACCAUAUCACCAACCCUGAUCCUUUCUUAUCAGGACCUGACGCAUCCGACGAGACCUUCGAACCAAGGCCUUCCACGCUCCAGACUGCCUUCGAUGCCAUGCAACAAAGUAGGCAAAAUGUCGAUAAGGUCAUCAAUCGUGAAGUAAACGAGAGGAGUGUGAUGUGGGAGGGGGUACCAGAGAAGGUGCUCCGGGACUUCAGAAGGAUGGUAGAGAACGCUGAGAUGGACCAAUAA